AUGAUCUCCUGCAAGAUGAUGAGUUCUAAUUCAGAGGAGGAUACCUUGGAUGCUUUUCUCCAGUACAUAGAGGAUAUGGGAAUGAAAGCCUAUGAUGGCUUGGUUAUUCAGAAUGCAUCAGACAUUGCUCGAGAAAAUGAUCGCUUACGGAAUGAAACUAACCUGGCUUACUUGAAAGAAAAGAAUGAAAAACGCCGCAAACAAGAAGAAGCAAUAAAACGCAUAGGUGGAGAAGUUGGGCGAGGACACGAAGGAAGUUAUGUGGGCAAACAUUUCCGUAUGGGAUUUAUGACCAUGCCUGCUCCUCAGGACAGACUUCCUCAUCCUUGUUCAAGUGGCUUUUCCGUGAGAUCUCAAUCCCUUCACUCAGUGGGAGGCACGGAUGAUGACAGCAGCUGUGGCUCUCGGAGACAACCUCCACCAAAGCCAAAACGAGAUCCCAGUACAAAAUUGAGCACUUCAUCAGAGACUGUCAACACCACAGCAACGGGUAAAAGCGUGAGACUCCCUGAGAGAACCGAAGGGCCAGCCAAACCCAGACCCCACAGCGAUGAAUAUUCCAAGAAGAUUCCUCCUCCCAAGCCUAAGCGAAAUCCAAAUACCCAGUUAAGCACAUCUUUUGAUGAAACCUAUAUCAAAAAGCAUGGGCCUACGAAGGCAUCGCUGACGCGGGACACAUCUUUAUCACAGGUGAGCAGUCCUGCACUAGAUGCUGAGGAAGAGGAGCCUGUGUACAUUGAAAUGGUGGGGAAUAUUUUAAGAGACUUCAAAAAAGAGGAAGAUGACCAAAGUGAGGCAGUUUACGAGGAAAUGAAAUAUCCCAUAUUUGAUGAUGUCGGCCAAGAGUCAAAAUGUGAAUUUGACCAUCACAGCUGCUCUUCUCAGUGUGCUACUCCCACAGUGCCUGACUUAGACUUCUCCAAGUCCUCAGUGCCAUGUACUCCAAAGGGUUUGCUUUGUGAUAUUCCCCCUCCCUUUCCAAACUUACUGUCUCAUAGACCCCCACUGUUGGUGUUUCCACCGGCACCCGUCCAGUGUUCCCCCAAUUCUGAUGAGUCACCUCUAACUCCACUCGAGGUCACAAAGCUUCCUGUGUUGGAAAACGUGUCUUACAUCAAACAGCAGGCUGGAGCUUCUCCAUCAUCACUGCCAUCUCAUACUUCUGGUCAUCCUAAAUCAGAGAAAGACCAGACAAUAGCUCAUGGACCAUCUUCUUCUUCCUCUUCUGUCCACUCUUCAUCACCUCCCCACCCUUCCACUUUAUACAGAACACCAUCUCCACAUGGAUACCCUAAAAGUCACUCUGCUUCACCUUCUCCUGUUAGCAUGGGGAGGUCACUUACUCCCUUAAGCCUCAAAAGACCACCACCCUAUGAAUCCUUACAUUCAGGAAGCAUCUCAAGAAGCUCUCCAUCAGUGCCUCAUUCUACAGCCAGAAACACAUUGCAGGAAGGAGGGAAGAUGGUAAAUGCCUCUGUCAAUACCUAUGGGUCAUCUCAGAGUGGCUCCCGCUCAAGAACACCCACAAGUCCUUUAGAGGAGCUCACCAGCCUCUUUACCUCAGGACGAAGUUUGCUGAGGAAGUCCUCCAGUGGAAGAAGAUCAAAAGAACCUGCAGAAAAACCAACAGAUGAGCUAAAGAUAAGAAGCCACAGUACAGAACCACUACCAAAGCUGGAAAACAAAGAGAGAGGCCAUCAUGGGGCAUCCUCUUCUAGAGAGCCAAUAAAAGCUCAGGAAUGGGAUGGAACACCAGGACCACCAGUUGCAUCCAGUAGACUGGGAAGAUCCUCUGUUAGUCCAACCUUGUUAGCGGGAAAUAGCAGCUCAGAGCCUAAAGUAAGCUGCAGAUUAGGUCGGUCUGCAUCCACGUCAGGCGUGCCUCCUCCUUCAGUUACUCCUCUCAGGCAAGCCAGCGAUCUGCAACAGAGCCAGGUGGCAUGCAUGCAGUGGUUGCAUGGAGACCAUACAAUGUUGGAGAUGAUUGAGAAAAAGCGCUGCUUGUGUAAAGAGAUCAAGGCAAGACAGAAAACAGAAAAGGGGCUUUGCAAACAAGACAGCAUGCCAAUUCUACCAAGUUGGAAGAAGAAUACAGGGACUAAGAAGUACAGUCCUCCACCAUAUUCUAAACAACAAACAGUGUUCUGGGAUACUGCAAUAUGA